AAGACAAAGUAGUCAUAUUUUAAGAUAUGAUGCCCAAAGCGAUGGGGCCACCUUUGCGUUUGACAAAUACUUCACCUCCUCGACCUCUGAACUGAAGUGAAGAAAAACGAAGAGCCAUUUCUCGAUUCCCUCGCCGAUCUUUAUACCCGCAAAAACAGCCACCGCAAACUUCCCAUCAUCGCCGCACACAUGUCCGAGUCAAGAACCGACUCGCCGGCGCCGCCGCCGCCAUCCAAAACCUCGCUAAAGCCCUCACUCGCAGUCUCUCUCCUAUCAAUCUUGGCUCCGAUUCUGGCAGUCGCGAUCCUGUACCGACAAGAGCCCUUCGACCCGGCUCCGCUGCCCGUCCACGAGCAAUCCGGGUCGGUCGCCGCCCCCCGAGAGAACGGCCGCAUGCUGCGCGGCGCGGAGAUGGUCGGGGCCGGGCGGAUGGUGGGGCCCGAGGACGUGGCGUACGACUCGGCGUCGGAAGUCAUUUAUGUGGGCUGUGCAGACGGGUGGGUAAAGCGGGUCAAGGUUGGCGACUCGGGCAGCGACUCCACGGUGGAGGACUGGGUCAACACUGGCGGGAGGCCGCUCGGCCUCGCCCUCGGGCGCGACGGAGAGGUUAUUGUCUGCGACGCCAACAAGGGGCUACUGAAUGUGAGCAAACAUGGAACCGUGGAGCUACUGACGAAUGAGGCGGAAGGCCUGAAGUUCAAACUCACGGACGCCGCAGCCGUGGCCCGUGACGGGACGAUAUACUUCACCGAUGCCUCAUACAAGUACACCUUGGAAGAGGUCAUUUGGGACUUACUGGAGGGUCGGCCGCACGGAAGGUUCUUGAGCUACGACCCGGCGACCAAAGAGACUAAAGUGCUAGCUCGGGAUCUCUACUUUCCCAACGGCGUCGCUCUCUCACCCGACCAAAGUUUCGUGAUCUUCUGCGAAACUGUCAUGAGGUGGUGUAAGAGGUACUAUAUAAAUGGCGAGCGAACGGGACAUAUCGACACAUUCAUCGACCGUUUGCCAGGUUAUCCGGACAACAUCAGAUACGAUGGAGAAGGCCAUUACUGGAUUGCGCUGUACACGGGAAACUCAAUGUUCAACGAGUUGCUGUUGAAGUAUCCAUUCAUACGAAAAGGAGCUGCCAUCUUGGAGAGAUUCAACAGACGACCGGCGAUGGAGAAGAACAGUGGCGUUUUUCAAGUCGAUUUGGAGGGAAAACCGGUCGCGCAUUACUAUGAUCCUCAGCUGUCAUUCAUAUCGAGUGGGAACAAGAUUGGUGAGUACUUGUAUUGUGGCUCCCUCCACCAGCCUUACAUCCUUCGCCUCAAGUUAGAUUAGAGGCUUCUUGUUGUGUAAUGUGAUUAAGCAACCACCGUCAUUAUGUUUUUAUUAAACUGUGCUUGAUUUGGAUGA